UCUAUACUCUCUAUACUAUAGAGUAUAGACUAUAGACUACUCUAUUCCGUUCAUUCGCUUGGGAAAAAGCUUGUUCCAUCGCUCGCGGUAGUCGGCGCCAUGGCUGAGCCCGUAAAAGUCCUUGUCACCGGAGCAGCCGGUCAAAUCGGAUAUGCUCUGGUUCCGCUCAUUGCAAGAGGCCAUUUGUUGGGCCCGGACCAGCCUGUCAUUCUCCACAUGUUGGAUAUUCCCCCCUGCAUGGAUUCGCUCAAGGGAGUGGAGAUGGAGCUUUUGGAUGCUGCCUACCCUCUGCUUCGCGGGAUUGUCGCAACAUCCGAUGUGGUCGAAGCUGCGACCGGCGUGAAGGUGGCUUGCAUGGUUGGCGGGUUCCCGAGAAAGGCGGGCAUGGAGCGAAAGGAAGUUAUGGGAAAGAACGUGUCCAUCUACAAGGAGCAGGCUGCGGCUCUGGAGAAGUAUGCUGACAAGGACGUAAAGGUGGUGGUGAUUGCUAACCCUGCAAACACGAAUGCUCUCGUGCUGAAGGAGUACGCACCGGGAAUACCUAACAAGAAUAUCACUUGCCUGACGAGGCUGGACCAUAACAGGGCAUUGGCACAGAUCGCUCAGCGUGUUGGUGUGCCCGUGAUUAAUGUUAAGAACGUGGCCAUUUGGGGAAACCAUUCCUCGACCCAGUAUCCGGAUGUGAACCAUGGCGUUGUCAAGACCGCCGAGGGUGUGGAGAAGAGCAUCAGAGAAGCUGUUGCCGACGAUGAGUGGCUGAACGAUGAGUUCAUCAAGGUCGUUCAGCAGCGUGGUGCUGCAAUCAUUAAGAUGAGGAAGUUCUCCAGCGCUCUGUCUGCUGCUAGCGCUGUUUGUGAUCACGUCUCGAACUGGAUUAAAGGAACUGCGGAGGGAACGUGGGUGUCGAUGGGAGUGUUUUCGGAUGGGUCGUACGGUGUCCCGGCCGGGCUUAUUUAUUCCUUCCCUGUGACUACGAAGAAUGGAGAGUGGGAAAUUGUGCAAGGGCUUCCUAUCGACGACUUUUCGAGAGCGAAGAUGGAUGCCACUGCGGCCGAACUUGUUGAGGAGAAGGCGCUUGCAGAUUCCAUCAUCAAGGAGUGAGGGGAAAAUAAAAAAUAUAUAAUGAACUCGUAGAAUAUUUAUUGUGAGAAUACACAAUUUUGGGAAGUGGGCAGCGCGAGAGAUUUGUUGAACAGGCGGGAGAGGCUUCCAGAAUGAGAAGCGGAGAGAGAGAGAGAGAGAGGGAGAGAGAGAGAGAGAAUAACUGUAACAUUUGUGUCUGUAGAGCGACAUUGGUAGUUGAGGCUUCUGACGUUCGAUUGCGCGAUGUUUAUGUAAAAGAGUAAAAAAAUAAGGACUGU